UUCGAGUUUAUUUGAGUCACUAUUCACUAAUCACUCUCAAAAGUCAAAAGUCAAAACCCUCGAUUUCAUGGUCCUCUAAACCCCUUCUUCCCAAAAGGUUGUUUUGCUGUUCCCCAUUUCUCCCCAAGAUGCAAAUCGCAGGCAUAAUCGAGAGAUCAAAAGCACGAUUUUUGGUCUCCGCAUACGGAAAAUUCUCCUUGUAUUCAGAAUCCUUUCGCAACCCUAAACCCCUUCAUCUAAUUUCUCCGUCUACAUCACCGCCGACCGUCGGCAGCGCACUCCGGCUGGCUUCGGGUCUCGUCCGGGCCUACCACGACGGCAGGCCAAGGGGACCUCUUUGGAGGGGAAAGAAACAGAUCGGAAAAGAGGCUCUUUUCGUCAUACAAGGCCUCAAGCGCUUCAAAGACGACGACGAGAAGAUUGAUAAGUUCAUCAAAACGCACGUGCUCAGGCUUCUCAAGAUGGACAUGGUUGCCGUGCUUGUAGAGCUCGAGCGGCAAGAGGAGGUUUCCCUUGCUGUCAAGAUGUUUAGAGUGAUCCAGUCACAAGACUGGUACAGCCCGGAUGUGUAUCUGUACAAGGAUUUAAUUGUUUCCUUGGCCAGAAGGAAGAAGAUGGACGAUGUCAUGAAACUAUGGGAAGAUAUGAGAAAGGAAGGUUUAUUCCCAGACUCUCAGACGUAUACAGAAGUUAUCCGUGGUUUUCUGCAGAAUGGUUCUCCUGCUGAUGCCAUGAACGUUUUUGAGGAUAUGAAGAAAUCUCCAGAUCCUCCUGAACAGUUGCCGUUUAGAAUAUUACUGAAGGGGCUUUUGCCUCAUCCGUUGUUGAGGAACAAGGUGAAGCAAGAUUUCGAGGAGAUUUUUCCCGACCAGCGUGUUUAUGAUCCUCCUGAGGAGAUUUUCGGAUUGCGAUGAAGCUUUGUGCUUUCUUACGUGUUGUGCUAUCUAAUAUCUUUUGGAGAAGCUGGACUCACUUGAAGCUGAGAAAUUAAAAGAGCUGGACUUGAAGAUGCUAGAGAUCUUUCAUGGUCUUUAAUGACGAGAAAUUCUUGAGGUAUUAUUCCUUUUUGAAUUGGCAAAUCUAAAAAGGUUGCUCUUUAGUGUCCUUUUUUUGUGCAUGAGGCCGAGUGCAACAAUGUGGAUAAUCUAAUGUAUUUUUCCUCAUAUAAUAUAGAGCCAGACAGUACAACUUGUGUUAAAUUAUGUUUGUAAUAUUCUGUCUAAUUACCAAAUUCGGUUGAAGGGCGUGAUCAAAUAUUUCCCGUGUGAUAUGAGUUGAUGGGAACAAAAGUGGUACUUCAAGACCUUGAUCAAAUUAUCUGAAAAACAAGUUAAGCUUACCAAUAACAAGUUAGAACCUGCAGAAAAUUCUAAAUAUUGAGGCAUCCACCUCAUCCUAACCGUAAAGUUUGUUCCCGUAUCAUAUAUGUAUAUACACAUCUAUACAUAGCACGUAAUUAGCCAACAUUAAGGGUCAUGAGGUGGGGGCAGAAUGCAAAACUCAGAAAAGCACAUUUUGGAUGGUUGAGAACUAUCAUGCAACACCAUAGACCUGCACAAUGGGCAGGUAAAUUGGCAUCUCUCGAGCCAUUUUUCCAUACACCCCACGUGAAAUACAUGCCCGCAUCUCGGUAAUUUGUUCACCAAGUCUUCUUUCUCAAACACUGUCAAGCAAAUUGAGCACAAUUCUUCAUUUUCAUCAUAUCCAAUGCUUUCUCCUCUGUUUCCUAUGCUGAACUCCUCCAAAUCUUGAAAACAUGAAACUUGAAGAUUCAGCUCGUGGGCUGGGGGCGCUUCUUGUUCUUGAAAAUGAGUGUUUUCUAGGUGAUGAUGGUUUGGGUUAUUGAUAAAGAAGGUGAAGAUUGUGAGUAUUGAUUGAGCUGUUUGGAUGAAUGGGAUCCAUAUGCAUGUGUAGAGGAUCAAGGUAAAUGUGCACAAAUGGGAUUCUGCAUAUAUGCAGAUCAUUUUUUUUAAU